AUGCCCUUCCCCAAAAACCCCAACUACGUCAAUUGGAAUUUACACUUUCCAGGUUUUUUUGGACCGAUGCCAUCAAAAGAAGAUUUGUACAAACUUCACAUAAACACAAGAGAACACCCAAUUGAGUAUGAAACAGAAGAGUCUCCCGAAGCUUCAGGCAUUAACAGACCCAUUGAUUUUCUCGAUAUGGGAUGCGGUUUUGGCGCUUUAGUUUACGAGCUCGGCAGACUCUACCCAGACAAGCUUACACUCGGAAUAGAAAUCCGGGAAAAACCUAGUACUUUUGUUGCGAAAAAAAUUCUAGCAUUUCGCCACGAAUCAAAUUUCCAACAAUAUCGUAACUGCAGCGUCAUUCGCACCAAUGGUAUGAAGUAUUUGCUCAACUACAUUAGACAACACACUCUCAGCGCUAUGUUCAUUUUAUUUCCUGACCCACACUUCAAAAAAUCAAACUGGAAACGACGUAUUAUUUCAGAUGAACUACUCACAAAAUAUGAAUUUGUCUUAAAAGAAAACGGAAACAUCUACUACAUAACUGAUGUUUAUGAAACAUUUACGGAUGCUGUCGAGAAGUUUGAGCGUCAUCCAGGUUUCGUUAAAGUCAGUGACGAAGAAACACAAAACGACGCAUUCUACAAGCUGCUUUUCAACGUGACAGACGAGUGCAAGAAAGCGAUCCGACUGGACCAAACAUUACAUUCUGUCGUAAUUUUAGCUAUAGAACUUGCAGCCAGUAAAUAA